GUGGUUCGAGAGGAUUAGCAUCAUGGUGAUCCUGCUAAACUGCGUGACGUUGGGCAUGUACCAGCCCUGCGAGAACAUCGACUGCACCUCGGACCGCUGCCAGAUCCUGCAGGCCUUCGAUGCAUUCAUCUACAUCUUCUUUGCAUUGGAGAUGGUAAUAAAAAUGGUGGCUCUUGGGAUUUUUGGCCGUCGCUGCUACCUGGGAGACACAUGGAACAGAUUGGACUUUUUCAUUGUCAUGGCAGGGAUGGUGGAGUACUCUCUGGACCUGCAGAACAUCAAUCUGUCAGCCAUUCGGACAGUACGGGUUCUUCGGCCAUUGAAAGCCAUCAACAGAGUACCAAGUAUGCGGAUCCUGGUGAAUCUGUUGCUGGAUACUCUACCCAUGCUGGGCAAUGUGCUGCUGCUCUGCUUUUUUGUUUUCUUCAUUUUCGGCAUCAUCGGUGUGCAGCUGUGGGCGGGGCUUCUGAGGAACCGUUGUUACCCCAAGGAGAACUUUACCCUCCCUUCAGGGAUGACCCUGCCAACUCCGUACUAUCAGCCAGAAGAGAAUGAUGAGCGCCCCUUCAUCUGCUCCUUGGCCUCUGAUAAUGGUAUCAUGUCAUGCUCUGACGUGCCAACGAGGCGCGAAGGAGGUCGAAUAUGCUGCCUGGAUAAAGAGGACGCUCUGCACAGGCAGGCUCUGGGUUUGAGUCCCGAGCCCCUGAACAAUGGCAGUGGUGCUGGUGAAGCGUUAGGUCUGUGCAUCAAUUGGAACCAGUAUUACACCCGGUGCCACACUGGCAACACUAACCCGCACAAAGGAGCCAUCAAUUUUGACAACAUUGUUUAUGCCUGGAUAGUCAUUUUCCAGGUGAUCACUCUGGAGGGCUGGGUGGAAAUUAUGUAUUAUGUGAUGGACGCUCACUCUUUCUACAACUUCAUCUACUUCAUAUUACUCAUCAUUAUUGGCUCAUUUUUCAUGAUCAACCUGUGCCUGGUGGUUAUCGCUACCCAGUUCUCUGAGACCAAACAGCGGGAACACCAGCUAAUGCAGGAACAAAGGGCGCAGUGCCUCUCCUCCUCCACCCUGGCUAGCAUGGCAGAGCCAGGAGAUUGCUACGAGGAGCUCUUUCAACUGGUUUGCCAUGUUCUCCGCAAAGCUAAGAGGAGAUCAGCAGCUCUCUACUACACACUGAGGGGCAAGACCCCUCCAGCUGGCGGAGGCAGGGGGAACAGGCGGAUUGGGGGGAAGGUGAAUGGAGAUCAACAUCACUUGAAGCACCCAAGAUCACCUAAAUGUCAGCACCACAGCAAGCUGGACCACCGCUCACAGGCCAACUCCAUCAGUCUGUCUGUCCCACAGAACCCCGAGGACUGCCCCGUGUGCGCAUUGUCGCUGAAGGAAGGCAAGCGGGAUGUGGGGGACUCGGCUAAUGACGAAGAAAAUGAAGACGAUGCCGUUAACGAAACUGACAAAGGGGAAAACCACCUGGAGGAGACGGGAGACAGAGAAAAGAAGCCGAGGAGGACAUGCUUUGGUUGCUGCAGAGAUCUCUGGGCCAGCGUGAGGAAAAAACUUUGGGGCAUUGUGGAGAGCAAGUACUUCAACAGGGGGAUAAUGAUCGCUAUUCUCAUAAACACUAUCAGCAUGGGCAUCGAGCAUCAUAACCAGCCAGAGGAGCUGACAAACGUCCUGGAGAUCUGCAACAUCGUCUUCACCAGCAUGUUCACCCUGGAGAUGGUCCUCAAGCUCACCGCCUUCGGUUUCUUUGAGUACUUGAGGAAUCCCUACAACAUAUUUGACGGCAUCAUUGUGAUCAUCAGCGUGUGUGAGAUCAUCGGGCAGGCAGACGGAGGCCUGUCGGUGCUGAGGACCUUCAGACUGCUGAGGGUCAUCAAGCUAGUGCGGUUCAUGCCGGCGCUCAGGCGACAGCUUGUCGUGCUGAUGAAGACCAUGGACAAUGUGGCCACAUUCUGUAUGCUGCUCAUGCUCUUCAUCUUCAUCUUUAGUAUCCUGGGGAUGCACAUUUUUGGCUGUAAGUUCAGUUUGAAGACAGAUGCUGGAGACACGGUGCCUGACAGGAAGAACUUUGACUCGCUGCUUUGGGCCAUAGUCACAGUCUUUCAGAUUCUGACUCAGGAAGACUGGAAUAUGGUGCUGUACAAUGGCAUGGCAUCAACCUCCCCCUGUGCCGCUCUCUACUUUGUAGCACUUAUGACAUUUGGAAACUACGUGCUCUUCAAUUUACUAGUCGCCAUCCUGGUUGAAGGUUUUCAAGCUGAGGGCGAUGCAAACCGCUCCUACUCGGAUGAUGACAGGUCCUCCUGUAACUUUGAUGAGAAUGAUAAGCAAAAGGACUCCCUGCAUCUGUCAGACCCAAAAAUUUGUACACUGACCCCUAAUGGACACCUAGACCUGUCCCUGCUGCCCGCUGGUCUAUUUCCUGGAGAGAGGUUGACCUUUGCGAUUGGCUCAAGGAAGAACAGCGCCAUUUCUCUUGGCAGGGCGGACAUGGAGAAGAAGGCUGCUUAUCCAGGUCGGGGUUACCACAAUUGGGGUCGCCCACUUCCUCCGCAGCCUCACACAAUUUGGGCUCGUCGCUCCAGCUGGGGGAGCCUGGGGGGCCAGCCUUGCUCCUCGUCAUCUCCCUCUGCCAGUCCAGCCUUCAAUCCUACCUCUGCAAGACCCUUUUAUAGCUGUGACCAGGGCAGAAAAGGUGGAGUAGUUGGCGGAAGCCUCCGUAUCCGCGGGCCCCGUUCAUCCUCAACGCAUCGGCGUUGCCGCUAUUCGCACCCAGAUGAGGAGGAAUCUCUCCUUGCUCCUCCUCCUGUUGCUCCUCACUCGCUCCAUGUUCCCCAUCCUGUACUCCCCGGCUACUUUGCACCCCGGAGAAACCGCAGGGCUCUUUCUCUAGAGCUGCCCCACGUGCUCCAGCUCUCUGCUGGGACAGCGCACACGCCUCCACAGACACACCACCCAGUGCCUGCCAUUACCCUCCCUGCCCACCACUGCAAAAAGAGCCUCUCUGGAGAGCUGGUCAUCAAAGGUGGUAAUGAUUUGGAAGCAGUUCACCAAGACUGUAACGGCAGGACGCCACAGGCACACCUUCAUCCACCACCUUCAAAACGCCACAGAGGGGGCGCAAAUCCCCAAGGUCAUCUGAUGGCUGAUGUCUUCCCUCAAGUGAACACGCGCAGCAAAGACCGCGAGGACCUGGAUGAAGACAUCGACUAUAGUUUGUGCUUUCGCAUUCAGAAGAUGUUGGAGGCGUACAGACCAGACUGGUGCGAGACAAGAGAGGACUGGUCUGUUUUCCUCUUUUCCCCUCAGAACAAGUUUAGACAGAUCUGCCAAACCAUCAUUGCCCAUAAGCUCUUUGAUUAUGUGGUAUUGGCCUUCAUCUUCUCCAAUUGCAUAACAGUGGCUCUGGAGAGGCCCAAGAUACUACAGGGCAGUUUGGAACGAGUCUUUCUCACCAUAUCCAAUUACAUCUUUACUGCCAUCUUUGUGGGCGAAAUGACUCUCAAGGUGGUUUCCAUGGGUUUGUAUAUCGGAGAACAGGCGUACCUGCGGAGCAGCUGGAACAUUCUGGAUGGAUUCCUGGUUUUUGUGUCAUUGAUUGAUAUAGUUGUGUCCAUGGCGGGAGGGGCCAAGAUCCUGGGCGUGCUCAGAGUUCUCAGGUUGCUCCGAACUUUGCGGCCUCUCAGAGUGAUCAGCAGAGCUCCAGGAUUAAAGUUGGUGGUGGAGACGCUCAUCACUUCUCUGAAGCCCAUUGGCAACAUUGUUCUCAUCUGCUGUGCAUUUUUCAUCAUUUUUGGGAUUCUUGGAGUACAGCUGUUUAAAGGAAAGUUCUUCUAUUGUCUUGGCCCUGAUGUCAAGAACAUCACCAACAAAUCUGACUGUCUUCAAGCUAAUUACAAGUGGGUUCACCAUAAGUACAACUUUGACAAUCUGGGACAGGCUCUGAUGUCUCUGUUUGUCCUGGCCUCCAAGGAUGGCUGGGUCAAUAUAAUGUACCACGGCCUGGAUGCUGUGGGUGUGGAUCAACAGCCGAUAACCAACAACAAUCCAUGGAUGCUGCUGUACUUCAUCUCUUUCCUCCUCAUCGUUAGCUUUUUUGUCCUCAACAUGUUUGUUGGGGUGGUGGUGGAAAACUUUCAUAAGUGCCGCCAACACCAAGAGGUGGAAGAAGCCAAGAGGCGGGAGGAGAAGCGUCAGCGUCGCAUGGAAAAGAAGAGGAGGAAGGCCCAGAAGCUUCCCUACUUUGCCAGCUAUGGCCAAAUGCGUCUGAUGAUCCACACACUCUGCACAAACCACUAUCUGGACCUCAUCAUCACCUUCAUCAUUUGCAUUAAUGUCAUCACGAUGUCCUUGGAGCACUACAAUCAACCUCAUUCCCUGGAUCUCGCCCUCAAGUACUGCAACUAUUUCUUCACCUCCACUUUUGUCCUGGAAGCUGUACUCAAACUCAUCGCGUUUGGAUUCCGUCGCUUCUUCAAGGACAGGUGGAACCAGCUGGAUCUGGCCAUCGUGCUCCUGUCAGUGAUGGGGAUCACACUGGAGGAGAUUGAGAUCAGUGCUGCCCUGCCCAUCAACCCCACUAUCAUCAGGAUCAUGAGGGUCCUGAGAAUAGCUCGAGUACUGAAGCUACUGAAGAUGGCAACAGGAAUGAGAGCGCUGCUGGAUACAGUAGUCCAAGCCCUGCCUCAGGUGGGUAACCUGGGCCUGCUCUUCAUGCUGCUGUUUUUCAUCUACGCCGCCUUAGGAGUAGAGCUUUUUGGAGAACUUGUUUGCAACGAAGACUAUCCGUGCGAAGGAAUGAGUCGUCACGCGACCUUCGAGAACUUUGGCAUGGCGUUUCUUACCUUGUUUCAAGUCUCCACGGGCGACAACUGGAACGGCAUUAUGAAGGACACAUUGCGGGAGUGCCCACCAGACCACAGCACUGGCGUGGACUAUGCCUGCAAUCCAAGCCUUCAGUUUAUCUCGCCCAUGUACUUUGUCUCCUUUGUGCUCACCGCCCAGUUUGUGCUCAUCAAUGUGGUGGUGGCCGUGCUGAUGAAGCACCUGGACGACUCCAACAAGGAGGCCCAGGAGGAGGCGGAGAUGGAUGCAGAAAUUGAGCUGGAGCUGGCCCAGGGCACCCUCUGUUGCAUGGGCACCCCUAUUUUUGGGGGCGGAGGGGUGGACAAAGGACUGCUAGCUGUUGGAACAGGGCAAGCAGGAGCAGCUGGGAGAAAGGAGAAAUCAGGGGCCAGAGGAGACAAGGGCGAUGGAGUGAGGAGGCUGCGACACGCGGCGCACCAGGAGACGUAUAACUGCUGCGACUCCAACCAGACGCUCUACUCACCAACACAAGAGAGCCAGUGGUUGGACAGCGUAUCUCUCCUAAUCAAGGAUACUUUAGAGGGGGAGAUGCUGAUGAUCGACAACCUGUCCGGUUCUGUUUUCCACCACUACUCCUCUCCUCCACCUCUCUGCAAAGACUGCAAGGGCCACCCACUAGAGCAGAUCAGAAUGGCAGAAAUUGAGCAAGCCUCCCUAAAGUCAGAGCAGCUCUCAGACAAGUCAUCAUCGCCUGCUCUGCCAGAUGACCUCAGCUUGGACGAACCCACCUUUCACAUGUUGGCACAAGAGAGCCAGGAGAGGUCCAAUAGUGACUCUCUCAGCUCUGAGGAGGCCGAUGGUGGAGGAGGUCACGACAGGGACCACCAUGCUCAGAUGGAGGUGCACGACCAGGUGGCAGGGUCCUGCCAGCCUUGCAGAGCCCUCAGCUCUGGAACAGAUACAAGGAUGGCUCCACAGAGGAUGGAAAUGCAAACACACCAGUUACAUAUGUGCUCGCCUCCCUACAGCUCUGGUGUUAUCUCCAGGAAGGAAACGAGUGAGGAAGGAGAAGCCAGUGGUGUUUCUACUCCCUUCCACUCUGCAGGAACCCCCAUCCCAGUACCCAACCGUAGUAGGAGCCUGCGUUUGUCAAGGGGUUCUAGAAUGACCUCUCCAUCCUCCUGGGCUUCAUUCAGCUCCCCUGUAGCCCAAAGAAAGAUGCUUUGUGCACAAUACCCAUCCCACAGUGACUCAUCCCUUGCUACUGGAAGCUCUGAAGGCAGCCUUCAGACCACCCUGGAAGAAGGACUGAGCUUCAGUGUCUCCCCACCACACAACGUGGAUGUGCCCAUAACAGCGCCGCUGCUUCCCAUGUGCCCAGUCGCACCCCAUGAAGACAGAACUUCGAUCUUCUCUCCACUUCAGACCAUGAGCCCAAAGCUGAAACCAUCAUCCACUGUCACCCUACUGGCCACUAAAGGUCACCAGCGGAGCCAAAGCAGCGGGAGAGGCAGCACUAGCCCGGGAUACACCCGUGAUGACUCUAUUGACCCCUCAGAUGAGGAUCUCGGCAUAGGCAUUGGGUCAUCUAUCGGGGGUUGUGGCUCAAGCCAAGCUGGUAACAGUGAACACUUGUCAGAGGCGCUAAGCAGCUUGUCACUGACUUCACUGCUGUCGCCCAGCUCCCUUGUGUAUCAGGGAGGGGCCGUGAAGAAGUGCAACAGCACAGGCAGCUUGGACAAGGGGGGGAUGAUGUUGUCUUCCCGAAGCAGGGAGAACCGCAAGGAGAUUAUCGGCCUUGAGCUUAUGGACCCCCAGGGUUUUUUGGCCAACCCCUGGACGGGGGUAUUAGUCGAUACAAGAAGAGGAGAAGGAGGAGGGGAAACGGAAGAUAGAGAGCAGGGUUUGAAAGGAAAGAGCUCAAGCCAAACAACCUUGGGGCCCUGUCGAAAAAAUAGAUGAAACCUGAUGAUCAAUCUUUCCUUGUCUUUCCAUUCCUUGGAACGAAAUCCACUGCUGCCCAUCUCAGUCUCUCUGCUUCUUCAGCAAAGCAGAUAUUUGAUGACACACGAUGAUCCGCAUCCCAAAAGCGAACCCUUAACUCUCCUCUUCAGUCUCUUUAUGUACAUUUAUGACAUGCCUGUGCUCUGUUUAUGCUAUGUUGGGCUGUGGUCUUAGUUACAGUUUUAUGGAGACAAAUCACCCUGCAGAUUGAAGGUCCAAGGGCUAAGAAGAGGUCCCUCUAUCCUCUUGGGGUUGUAGCUAUGGAACACGUUAUGUGGUAGGCUCUGCUCAUACAGGAAAAUCAGGAAGCUCAGUCUUAUCAGGGAGUCGACAGAAGUCUACCCGACAAAGACAAAACAAAGAGUCUUAACGUUGGUCGACUUUAGUUUGUAAAGGGCCGAGUUCAACGAGGCUGAAAUGACAGAACAGAAGCACCCAAACUUGACACGGUCUAUUUGUGCCGAUCGGGAUUGUUUUGAUUUGUUGUGUCUCAGAGGCAGGACAGAAAGUUAGUGGGCGGAGGAUCUGCAAUGGCAGAAUAUAUCAAGGUGGAAGGGAGGCUGGGAGAGAGGAAGGAAGUUUUUUUUUUUUUUUUUUUUUGUCCUUUGGAUCGAAAAGCAGAAAGCGGAUAUAAUGUCCAUCUGUUCUGGCAGACGGAAACAAUAAGUCCUACUCAUUUUGGCAAAGGACUUCUGCUGUGAUCAGAGCAAAACACGAGGUGGAGGAGAUCUGCGGAAUGUGUCCCCGUCGCUUGUGACUGUGUAAGACAGCACUUUCUCGGGUAUCCAGAGCAUGAAUAAAAUCAUUCUCACCACUGACCCAUACAUCAGUGUUUUGAAACAGGAGAUAGGUAUUGACUUUGUGCAUCUGUCAACCCUGUCUUCAGCAGGAGCAGAAAAUUAAAAGAAAUUGAUUGACAGUGGAGGGAUGAUUCUGCAUGGAGUGAAUCGUGAAAUUGGUUAUUUUUCUUUCUAUCUUGAGGAUCUCUUGCUCAUGAACGCAAGGAAAUAAGUGUGAAAGAGAGGCAGGUUGAAUGGAGAUAAAUAAACCCUUUCAUAGGGCACAGCAAUGUGUGCACCGUGCACCAAAACAUCACUCACAAACAGUGAGACUUCAAGCACACUUCUUUUGACUCGACUCCUUCUCUACAUCCUCAAGGAUUACAGAUGAAUGGACAAAAAUCACAAGGGGACCUUGACUGCAUGAUGGGAUUGCAUUUAACCAAGAUUUUUUUUUAUCUAUAUAAAGAGGUGUAUCAAGAUGUCAAUGUUGGGUGAUAACCAUGUGAUUCCUAUUCAAAUAUUUUUGUAGAAAAGAGAUUAGGCACGUGCAAGUGUUGUCCUUAUUUGUCUCAACCCAUGCAGUGUCUUUAACCUGUCGUCUGGGACUUUUUGUCUGCCAGUGGCUUCCAGUUUUUUAACAUUUUUAAAAGGUGGACUAUACAAAACAACAAAGCAAAAAAACUUCAAACUGACCUUUUGUGCGCCGAAGUCACCGUUCCCUGCAGCACAUUUCUCAGUGGGAACACCCGUUCCUCAUGGACCUUUUAUUUUUCCAAGAUGUUGGAGUCAAAGAUAAAUGGGAGCAGCCAUAUUCAUUCACAACAUGGGGACACAGCUUACGCAUCUGGAUGUGCACAAAUAACUUUGUUUGCUUGUGGUCCCCCUGGCUGAAAACCAUGAGCUGCGACGAAACAUCUCAAUGAAAGCUUUAUUUUAAUUCUCACAUCAUCAUACAUAUCGAUAAUGGGCACUUUAGUGUUCUUUAAGCAUGGUUGUGGGAUUGCAAUACAGAAUGCUUUUUUAAAAGAAAAAAAUGAAACCUUAAAUUUAUUUUCUAGCCCAAAACAUACACUAUGUUGUAGCAACACAAUAUUGUUUUAAAUGUAAACUUAUUUUGGCUUCGCCGCUUGAUGACUUACGCCAUCUAAGAGGGAGAUGCCCAUCUUUAAGCCUGAUUCCCAUAAUUAGACUGUUGCAUCCUUAGUGUUUAGAUUAUUUCUCAACAUUAAUUUCUCAGAAAAGAGUGAGAUGAUGUGAGAAAAUCUGAGGGUUUGACCUCGUUGAUCAUGCAAAAUCACUUUUAUGACAAUGUUUUAUUGCAGUGUUUGAUAUGUGUGAGUGAGGCAGCUGUGUGUGUGUGCGAGUGUGUGUGUGUGUGUGUGUGCGUGUGUCUGUACGAGUGAGUUGAAGAAGUUGUCUUUUCCUGAAGUGUCUUGUUUGUCAGUGAGGAUUGCUGAGGUUUAGGAUUGAAGAGGAAAAACACGAAGCAACCAAGGGCUGUUUUAGCUUCAAAGAUAUACCUUUCUAUCUUUCUGAGACAAAUCCUUGUGUCAAUGAAUAUAGCAUCAAAGGUUAAAGCCUGACAACACAGCAAUAAAUGUUCUAAGUGUAUGCCCUAAGUAAAUGA